AUGGGACUGCUUUACUCCGGUGGAAAGCAAUUCAGGAAGCUUCGUGCUCCGCUUCGAUAUCCUGCCGCGUCGGACUGCGUCUCGAACCCAGUAGAAAGCGCAUCCCGUCGUGCACUUCGUAUAGAUGAAAUACUUCGCAUGGUUGUUGCUUUCCUCCAUGGACAUCCGAAGAAGCCAGACACAUGCUCGGUCCUCCAAUUCGCAGUAACAUGCAGCACAUUCCUUGAGCCUUCACUAUCUAUUCUAUGGGAAACGCAACAUGGCCUGGACAACAUACUAAGGCUCCUUCCGUGCGACACCUGGCGCGACACUGCGACUCCAGAUGGAAAGAAAAUCCUAGAGCUUGUCACAGAUGUGCCACUGAACGCCCAUCUGCCACGCUUCGUGGCCUAUACAUCCUUUGUCAAGAACCUCUUCUGGAGAAAGGAGGACGAAGAGCGUCUCGGCAUAGCUUCCUUGACACAGUUCCUCAAUCCUCCUGGCCGGUUCAACCUCACCACAUUCUCGUCAACAAUGGAGAUCGAUGGCGAAGGAGUUCUCCUACUCGCACAGAUGCACAAUCUAAAAGCUUUGGAGCUCAGUCUAAAUUGUAAAUCGCUCGCCGGAGUCAAAUUCCAAUCUGACUCCUUCCCCUCGCUGGAAGUCCUCAAUCUCAGUCUAGAUGAGAUGGACGAGUCGACGCUGAGACUUUUCAAGUCCAUCCCUUCGACUGUGCUCGUUGGCAUCCAGUUGCUGGUGGACAGCGACUAUACUAUCGAUACGGUCUAUGCUCACCUUGUCGUCCUGGCACGUUUUCCUCUCAAAUUCUUCAAGCUCAGUCUAGAUUCACAAUCCUUCGACGACGAUGAUGAAUUCCCUGGAGAUAAAAUCGUGCCAUGCCAUAUCCUGAAGACUUUGCUAAAGACACCUACUAUCAUGUUCAUCCAGCUCGACGCUCCGUGCUUAUGGCUAGAUGAGGAUACUCUUCAAGAUAUGCACGAUGCUUGGCCGCGUCUUCUAUUCUUGUCUCUCAUAGCUGAUUUAGAAGUUACAGUGUACACGUCGAUCUCCGACCCAUCAACGCCACUCGCUCAAGCGACUGUUUCUCUCCAGUGCGUAGCCCUACACGUAGACUACCGCAACCUGCGUCGUCUUCUCAAUGAGAAGUCUUUCCCGAACGGCCACAUCCUUGAGCUUCAUACCCAUUCCCAGACGGAAGUUGCUCGCGCUGUGGCCGUUGCGCAACAUAUGCAUGCUACCUUCCCCCAACUGCGGCUAGUGGACCCAAAUAAUCCGAACACUGGCCCCUGGAACGAGAUCAGUCGCACGCUGCCAGGUCAUUGCGACUCUUACCUUGUGAAGUUCGGCGGUUUAUCACUUGCCGACGUACUCCCGACGCCAGAAGAUGACGACCGCGCCUACGAUGAGGAGACAGGGAUUAUCCGCAUCAUGUACAACCCCCGGCUAUCGGUUUCGGGGUGA